CGGCGCGAGCAGCAGCAGCAGCAGCAGCAGCAUGACUCGGAGGCGGAGCAGGCCGGGCGGUGGCGCGGGCCGACGCGAGCGGGCGCGGGCCGCGGGUCCCCACAAGCCCCCAGCGCCCGAGCCGCCGCCGCCACCGCCGCCGCCGCCGCCGCCGCCGCCGCCGAGCCUGGAAACGGGAGCCGCUGCGGGGCCCCCGGAGACGCCGGCGGAGCCCGAGAUCGACGGUCCCCGGGAGGAGGAUGAGCCCAAGCUGGCGCUCGGCCCUGCGCAGGUUCCUGGCCCCGCAACGCAGACGUGCUGUUUGCUGUGCCACCGCGCUCGGCGCGGCUGGGAAGAGAACCCCGGGCAGAACGGGCUGGUGCUGCAGGGGGAGAAGCUGCCCUCCGACUUCAUGCCCAAGCUGGUCAAGAACCUCCUGGGUGAGAUGCCGCUGUGGGUGUGUCCGAGCUGCCGCCGGGUCAUGGAGGAGGAAGAGAAGCAGACGGGCCGCGAGCAUGCGCUGGCGAUCUCCCUGUCCCACACAUCCUGCAAGUCGCAGUCCUGUGGCGUCGACUCUCACUCCUCAUCCUCGUCUUCCUCGUCCUCCUCCUCAUCGUCUUCAUCCUCGUCUUCGUCGUCCUCCUGCCACGGGAACUCAGGCGACUGGGAUCCCAGCUCCUUCCUGUCUGCGCACAAGCUCUCGGGCCUCUGGAACUCCCCGCAUCCCAGCGGGGUGGCGCCGGGCACGUUGCUCGGGAGCCCACCCCCCAGCCCCGGUGAGGGGCUCCCCCUCUCGGAGCAUCACAGGAGCUCAGACCUCACUGCUCCGCCCAACAGCCCCACCGGCCACCAUCCCCCGCCGGCGUCGCUCAUCCCGCCACACCCCAGCGCCUUCGGCUCCCCGCCGCACCCCUACCUUCUGCCUGCCACCCCAGCACCGCCUUUCCCCGCCCUCGCCUCCGAGUGCCCUGUCGUUGCUGCCGCCGCUGCUGCCGCCGCCGCCGCUGCCACCGCCACCCCGCACCCCUCCGGGGCAUGCCAGAACCCCCACCUGCCUUCCACCAGCAUGCCGCUCCUGAAGAUGCCUCCGCCUUUCUCGGGGUGCACCCACCCCUGCAGCGGGCACUGUAGUGGGGCGCUCCUGCCACCCCCGGCCUCCCAGCAGCUUCCUGCCACCCACAGGGAACCUGGAUGCAGGGGCCACAAGUGCGCUCACAGUGGCCUGGCCUGCCAGCUGCCCCAGCCCUGCGAGGCCGAUGAGGGCCUGGGCGAGGAGGAAGACAGCAGCUCCGAGCUCAGCUCCUGCACCUCAUCCUCCACGCACCAGCGCGACGGCAAGUUCUGUGACUGUUGCUACUGUGAGUUCUUCGGCCACAAUGCGCCACCCGCCGCCCCGACGAGCCGGAACUACACCGAGAUCCGAGAGAAGCUGCGCUCGCGCCUGACCCGGCGGAAGGAGGAGCCACCCGUGCCAGGGGGCGCCCUGGGUGGGGUCCCUGGGGAACCCGCCGUAGACCACCGCGAUGUGGACGAGCUGCUGGAGUUCAUCAACAGCACGGCGCCCAAAGCCCCCAACAGCGCCAGGGCCGCCAAGCGCGCCCGGCACAAGCUGAAAAAGAAGGAGAAGGAGAAGGCCCAGCUGGCAGCCGAUGCCCUCAGGCCCGGGCCCCCAACUUUGUCUGCAAGCCGCGAGCCGCCAGCGGCCCCCGAGCAGCUCCUGGAGUGGCCAGAGCGCGAGCUGGACCGGGUCAGCAGCUUCCUGAGCAACCACCUGCAGGAGAUCAAGGGCGCGGUCAGCGGCUCCCUCCGGGCCAGCUUCACCCUGGACAGGAACGGCUUUGCCAAGGAGGGGCCCGCUGAGGCCCCCGGCCUGGCCCCGUGCAACCUCAACAGCUCCCCCGAGGAGCGGCCGGACAUCAACCUGGACCUGUCCCCGCUGACCCUGGGCUCCCCGCCCGGCGCCCCGUCCCCGGCGCCACCCCCGUGGGCCGACCUGCGGGUCCCCCCGCCCGGGAUGCUGCCCGAGAACGGGCUGGUGAGAAGACUCAGCACCGUGCCCAGCCUGUCCCGGGUGAUCUGGGUCAAGAGCCCAAAGCCCGGCCACCCGGGCCCCGAGGAACCGAGCACCAAGCCGGAGCUGCCGGAGCCUGCAGCCGCAGGCGGGAAGGCCCGCAAGGGCAAGAGACAGAACAGCCAGGCCAAGAAGACUGAGGCCGGCUCGGCCCCCCGGCCCCCCGCCAGCCUCGACACCCCCAGUGCCAAGGGCCAGCCCCCCAGCCCCAAGCUGCCCGGCAAGUCACCAGAGCCCCCCAGAGCAGGCGGCUGUGUCGCCGAGGGCGGGGAAGGCGGCCGGGGUGGCCGGCCGGGGCCUGGCUGGGCCGGCAGCCCCAAAGCGGACAAGGAGAAGCGAAACUCCUGGCGGAGCUGGCCACCCCCGGAGCCCGAGUGCCCCCCGGCCCCGGGCCCCGCCAGACCCCAGAGCCUGCCACAGGUCAAGGCCCGCAGCCGUCGGAGCCGCAACAAGGAGAAGUCGGCCGCCUCCUUGGAUGACGUCUUCUUGCCCAAGGACACGGAGGGGGUGGACAUGGACGAGACGGACCGUGAGGUGGAGUACUUCAAAAGGUUCUGUUUGGAUUCUGCCAAGCAAAUUCGGCAGAAGGUGGCGGUGAACUGGACCAACUUCAGCCUCAAGAAAACUCCUCCUAGCACGGCUCAGUGAGCCUCCACCGGGUCCAGCAGCUUCGGGUGGCCCCGGGACCCCGACUGGAGCUGACGGUCGACGGUGCCCCUCCUUCCCAGCCCGCGGCCCCGACCUUCCCGCCGCCGCCGCCGUCGGACCAACCCAAAGCUGAGACGCGGCUGCAAGCGGCGGGGGAGGCGGGGGUGGCCCUCCGCAUCCACAGAGCCGUUUUCCUGGUGCUACGCCGCCGGCAGCCUCGAACGCCGAGCCAGGGGGGUGCUGGGCUGGCGGGGCCGGGGGGCGACGGUACUGCUGCCCCCUCCCCCAUUCUUUGUGUUCGGGGGUGUUUUUUUGUUCGUUUGUUUGUUGGGGGGGGAUUAUUUUUCCAUUCUUUUGAUACUGUGAAGAUCUUUCUUGCCGAAAGAUAAAGCAACAUUUGGACACAG